GACACGUACUGCUCGUCAUGGCGCAGUAGGCGAACUGUUAUACGAACAUGUAUAUAAUUGAGUUCUUGUUUUCUGUUGUGAUACAAUAAUGAGUUUGUUCUACAAUAUUUAGCUGAUAGUUUCUCGGUUUGAUAAUUGAAACAGUACUUGUUUUUUUUUAAGAAAAGUCCGUUUUAUUUUAAACCAGUCAGUUUACAGUGGUCGGAUUGUAAUAAACGUUGUUCAGACGCGCUUCGAGAGUGAGCAAAUUUGAGUAAAAAUGUCACUGUCAACGUUGUUACCUGCACCUACCCAGCCUAUCUGGGAUAUCGAAGAUGAAGCCAAAACAACUUGGCAGGCUACAUCAACUGCUCUUGUUUCCACAAGUCCUGCUGCCCCGCCAUAUGGCCAAAGGAGAGGAUGGGUGCCUAGAACUCUUGAAGAUUAUGGAGAUGGAGGAGCAUUCCCUGAGAUCCCAAUGGCCCAGUACCCUCUCAACAUGGGCCUGGAGAAAAAGGAAAGCUCUUCUAACGCUCUUGCAGUACAACUUGAUGCACAGGGCAAAAUAAAGUAUGAUGUUAUUGCAAGACAAGGGCACUCGAAGGACAAGAUCAUUUAUUCCAAACUCACUGAUCUUCUCCCGUCUGAGAUCAAAGGUGAAAAUGAUCCCAGUUUGGCAAAACCAGACGAAGAGACUAUACAGGAAACAACAGAAAGGACACGAUUAGCUUUGGAAAAAAUAACAAGUAGCAAAAUCGCCUCAGCCAUGCCUGUCCGUUGUGCUGAGAAAGCACCACCAGCCCAGUUUAUUCGAUACACACCAGCUCAACAGGGAUCUUCAUUUAAUUCUGGUGCAAAACAACGUGUUAUUAGGAUGGUUGAAGCUCAAAAAGAUCCACUUGAACCUCCUAAAUUCAAGAUUAAUAAAAAAAUCCCGAGAGGACCACCUUCUCCACCAGCUCCUGUACUUCAUUCACCGACUAGAAAAGUAACAGUUAAAGAGCAAAAAGAGUGGAAAAUACCUCCUUGUAUAUCUAACUGGAAAAAUGCCAAGGGUUACACUAUUCCGCUUGAUAAAAGGUUAGCUGCUGAUGGCCGAGGUUUGCAGCAAGUGCAUAUAAACGAAAACUUCUCAAAGCUUGCUGAAGCCUUAUAUAUCGCAGACAGAAAAGCACGAGAAGCUGUUGAAAUGAGGGCACAAUUAGAAAAGAAAUUGGCUCAGAAAGAGAAGGAAAAGAAGGAAGAGCAUUUAAGACAGUUGGCCCAAAAGGCUAGAGAGGAGAGAGCGGGAAUAAGAACUCUUGGCCAUGAAAAAGAUGAAGAAGCAAGGGAAAGAGAUCAGUUGCGAUUUGAGAGGCAUAAGGAUAGGGCUAGGGAAAGGAAUCUGGCAAGAGCUGCACCAGAAAAAAGGUCCAAGCUUGAAAGAGAUAGGGAAAGGGAUAUAAGUGAACAGAUUGCCCUCGGCAUGCCAGCGAAAUCACAGCCAUUAACAGGCGAAGCUGCUUUUGAUCAACGUCUUUUCAAUACGACCAAGGGCAUGGACUCAGGAUUCGGUGAUGAUGAGUCAUAUAAUGUCUAUGAUAAACCUUGGAGGGACGGCAACUCUUUAGCCAACCAUCUAUACAGGCCUGGUAAAAAUGUGGAUAAGGAGAUUUAUGGCGAUGAUCUGGAAAAAAUAAUGAAAACAAACCGGUUUGUGCCGGAUAAAGAAUUCAGCGGUACAGAUAGAGCAGGAGGUGGAAGAUCUUCGGGUCCUGUACAGUUUGAAAAAGAUGAAGAAGAUCCUUUUGGUUUGGAUCAGUUCUUGACGCAAGCUAAGAGAGGAGGAAAUCAAGGUUCUUCUAAAAGGAUGGCACCCAAAGAAGACAAAAGAGAUGAUAAAAGAAGACGACGUGAUUAAGGUUCCAACUUGUCAGCCAAACAUACUGAUGUCUCCAGUGUUUUCUGUAAACUAUUUUAAGUUUAGUAUUCCAAUGAAUUAAAGUCAGUAAUACACAGUAGUGUUGUAAUUGUUGUCAGCUGUAAUAUAAUUUUUUUGUCCCAUUCAUAAAGAGAAGUUCUCUUUGCUAAAUACAUUUUUCUUCUUUUUUUUUUUUUUUUAAUCAAAACUGCCUUCAUUUAUUUUACUUUUUAUACAUUCAUAUUAAAUGAAAAUGACAACACGCAAAAUGUAGAAGAGUGCAUGAACAUAUUCAGUACUAAACCCAGGGUUUUUACAAAUAAAAUUAUUUGCAUCCUA